AUGGAGCCAAGUUAUUUGAGAAUCUUGGCAAUAGCGUUAUUAGGAUCUGAAUUCCAAGACGAAAAACCUGUAAGUAUGUAUAUAAUAGCUACAAUUUCAUUAUCAAGAAACAUUUUGCAACAAUUUAAGAAAUCAGAAGCGACUUUCAUCUUCACUUUCUUGGAUGCUCCUGAUGAACGAAUUGCUCUUUUGCAAACAAUGAAACAGAAUUGUCUGGACGCUAUACAGCGGACAAUUGAAAGACUAUUUUUAUAUCCGCCUUUCCCGCCUCCAUAUCCUCCAGUUCCACCUCCGUAUCUUCCACCGCCUCCUUUACCUAAUGCAGAGCCUCUUCCUCCUUUUCCACUGCUUCCUCCUCCAAAUCCUCCUUUACCGCCACCGACAUAUCCUCUUCCACCUCCUCCGAAUCCUCCCUUUCCGCCGCCACCGUAUUCUCCACUGCCUCCUUCGAAGCCUCCAUACCCACCGCCAUCUACUCCAUGCCCACCACUUACAGAUUCAAUGGGUAUGGCAGCAAAAACAGUGUCUCCACCUCCGCCUCCCUUUCCAAAUCCUCCCCCACCAUGCCCACCACCACCAUAUUCUCUUCCGUAUUCACCUCCUCCUCCUCCACCGAGGCUAGAUACAGAAAAAUUGGAACCUUUUGGAAACUUCAUAAUGGUGAUAUUAGAGAGAAUAAGCUCCUGUAGCCUGUUUUCACGCUUGCCAACUGAAAAACGCAGAUAUCCUCCUUUCCCGCCUCCAUAUCCUCCAGAUCCACCUCCGUAUCCUCCAGUCCCUCCUUUACCAAAUCCACCUCCUCCUCCAUAUCCUCCGCCACUUCCUUUACCAAAUCCAGAGCCAACUCCAUAUCCUUCACCACUUCCUUUACCAAAUCCAGAACCAACUCCAUAUCCUACACCACUUCCUUUACCAAAUCCAGAGCCUACACCAUAUCCUACGCCACUUCCUUUACCAAAUCCAGAGCCUACAUCAUAUCCUACGCCACUUCCUUUUCCAGUUCCAGAUCCUUCUCCAUAACCAUCUCCGAUUCCUUUUCCACCUCCAUAUCCUCCUCCACUACCGCCUCCGAAUCCUCCGCCUCCAUGUCCUCCACCGACACCUCCGUGGCCACCUCCUCCUCCAAGUUGAGAUAAACUGAUACCGACAAUAGCG